CGUCGGAAAACUUAAACGUCUAAGUAAUAAUGAAAGCCCUAGCUUUAUAAAACAUAAGUUACGUAACUAAACAUAAACAUAAACAUAGAUCUCAAGGUUUUUUGCUUAAGGUUAGAACUCUCUAGUCUCUACUCUUUCCAAUCUUGUUUGUGCUUAUUCUUCUUAUAGAUUCUUGUGUUCCUUUGUCACAGAUUAGAACGUACUGCGGUUGAUUUCGUCGGAGUUAACAGCACACGAUUAGUUUUUUACUCUCUACACUUUCUUUUUUUUGUUCUCUUUUUUGUCUUCAUUCUGUCUCAUCUUUGGUCAGUGAUCACAGUCUAGUUAUGGAUCAUAACUUAUGAUUAGUCUGGUUUUUGUCUCAAGCUCUUUACAUGUAAUUUACUUUGUUUUGUUCUCCUUUGAUCACAGUUUUAAUGUCUGAGGCUGGGGCUAGUGUUACACGUCGUGAAGUUAAUCCAGGAAGAAAAUAUGGAAUCAUGUUGAAUAACAACUCCAACUCUUGGAAGUGUAUCUUCUGUAAGAAAGAUUUCAACGCUGGAAUUUCACGUCUCAAGCAACACUUGAGAGGGGAUCAUAGGAAUGCCAAAGCUUGUAAUUUAUGUCCACUACAUGUGAGAAAGGAGUUAAUCAGACACAAGCAGAUGAAGGAAGACGAGAUAGCAGGAUGAAUGCCAAAGAUUGCAUAACCAUGACUCAGUUUCUCAAACAGCAGAAACCUUUAAGGGAUAUGGUGAAUUCUGCUGAAUGGAGUGAGUCUAAAUGGCCCAAAGAAGCUGGAGCAAGAAAAGUUAGACAGUAUCUUAUGCAAGCGAGUUUUUGGAAUAAUAUUCGACGUGCUCUGAAGCUUAUGACUCCUCUUGUCAAAGUACUUAGGAUGGUUGAUGGAGAGAAAAAUGGAGAGAAAAAACCAGCUAUGGGAUACAUUUAUGCAGCCAUGGACAGUGCAAAAGAGACAAUCGCAAGGGAUUUAAACUGGAAUAAAGAGAAGUACGAAAAAGCCUUUGAGAUCAUUGACAAAAGGUGGCAGUGUCAGCUUCACCAUCCUUUGCAUGCUGCUGGGUAUUUCCUAAACCCUUCAAUCCAUUACAAAUAUCACGAUGAUGUACAUUGCGCCGAAGUGGAAGGGGGCUUGUACAAUUGCAUUACUAGGUUGGUCUUUUAAAUUGUGUUUUUGUUUUGUAUUAAUAGGUUGGUACACCAUUUUCAGAUGAUAGUUUUGUUUAUAUUGCAUUAAUAGGUUGGUUCCAGAUACAAAGACUCAAGACAAGAUAAUGACAGAGUUGGAUGCUUUCAAGGAUGCUACUGGUAUCUUCGGCCACGACAUGGCCAUUAGGCAAAAAGAUAUCAAAGCACCAGGUAACACAAAUUUGAAUUACUUUUAGAUAAUUGAUCUAAAUAAAUACAAACAAUAUUUUUAUUUUAAUAGCUGAAUGGUGGUCUUGUUAUGGAUCUUCUGCUCCAAAUCUCAGAAGCUUUGCUGUUAAGAUCCUUAGUAUGACUUGUAGUGCUACUGGUUGUGAAAGAAAUUGCAGUGAUUUCCAACUUGUAAGUCUUUUUAAUCACCUUUAUUGUAUAUUUUUAGGUGAUUUUUUUUUUUAACUUAUAAGUUUUAAACUUGAUUUGUAACAGCUUCAUACGAAGAAGAGAAAUCGGCUAGCACAACAUUGGCUGAACAACAUGGUUUUUGUGAAGUAUAACAGAACUCUAAAACGCAGAAGCUUAAGAAGUGUGUGUGUCACCAGAGAUCCUAUUCUUUUGGAUGAAAUUGAUGACAGCAAUGAGUGGUUGAUUGGAAGAAUGGAUGGAGAUUCAUCUGAUAAUGAUGAUUUGGUGUGGGGAGAUGAUGAUUUGUCAUGGAAUGUUGUGAACCAAGCUAUGGGUGUUGAAGAACCCAGCUAUUCUACUAGAGGAGCUGGAGCAAAACGUGCAAGUUCAUCUAAAACAGAUAAAGAAAAAGGUAUUGCUAGCUCAAACCAGAAGCAAUGUUACAUACCAUAUGCGCUUGUUAUGACAUUGGUUGAUGAGGAAGAUGAGUUGGAAGAAGAUUUAGAUGAAGAUGACCUUGGGUAUGAGGAUGUUGAGUACGAUGAUGAAGAUGAGAAUAUUGGUGUUUCUGAAGAUGAAUUUUAGGUAUUGGUUUUAAGUUAUUUAUUAUGAUAUUAGCUUUUGGUUUCUACAUUUGAGACUUUGUUUUUUGGGUUUUUGGUUUGAAUAAUUUUGUUUUGGUUUAACUAUCUUCAAAUAAUAAAGCUUGCAUCUUAUUUAAAUUAAGUGUCUCCUACGUGAAACAAUCAUUGCAUAAGUGUUUUUUACUUUUCUACUCCAAUACAAGACAAACCAAGACAUAACAAAUAUGUUCUUCAUGGCGAGCAUCAUUUUGCGCCAUGGCAUAAGGCGCAAGGCUCGGACUGUCUCGCCUUGGUGCGUCAUGCGCCAUUUUAAACACAGGUCUACAUGAAUCUGUUUAAAUUGGUGACAAAAAAAACUUUCAUUCUUGUAAAAAUGACGUUUCAAACAGUUAUAAACUGGAUUUGGAGGGAGAGAAACAGUCAGAGGCACUUAGAGCCAUUCUCCUCUUUGACUGUAGUCUCCAACCCCAUCACCAAAGAAAUCAGAAAUGGUAUUAUCUCUGUUCAGACACAAGACACUGAAAUUUCAAGUGCACUCACAAGUCACAAGAUAGGAAGAGAUUACGAGACACUAGUGCUUUCUAAUGUUCUUUAAAUUUUUUAUGCUUUUUAAUGUUCUAGUUUAGCACAAUUACUAUUACGCUUCUUCGGUUUCACAGAACAAACUCUUAGGAUUUUAAAAUUCACUUUGUCGUACUCUUUUUUUUUAUAUAUAUAUAAUACUGUUUCCGUUUCAUGAAGGUUGUAGUUUUGGAAAUUUCAAAGAUAAUAUUUUUGUGUGUGUUUGAUGUAUCUUUAUAGCUUUUUACUUAUUUUAUCCAUAUUUUAAUUAAGACAAUAACUACAUAUAACAAUUUUAUUAUAAACUAUGCAUUAGUUAGGGUUAUUGUUAGUAUUGACUUUAUUUUCAAAAUGUGUGAAAAUACUAAAAUUACAAAUUUAAUGGAACGUAGGAAAUAUUACAUUUUCAACAACAACAAAAAAUGGAUGAACGUAAUCGAGCAUCAUCUGGAAGCAUGACUUGUCAAACCGUGUUUUCUUGAAAGAAGAUACACACAAAAUGAAUUGGUUCAUUAAUUUUUUGCAUGAGACUUUCACUCUCGUCAGAAAUACGGUCACUUUUUAUGUCGUAUUCUUGCAGUGGUUCAAGACUGGGAUAUUCACCAACUAAAAUUAUGUUUUCCCCUAAUUUAAUAUAUUUAAUCAGGGACUAAAUUUGUUUUAAGUAUUUAACUUUGUUUUUCCUGCAUUGAAUUAGUCUUCGACAUUUUAAGAGAAACUAUUCCAAAUAGACCAAUAAAUUUAGAAAAUAAACAAGAUAAUGCAUCUA